AUGGGCGCCUAUCUCUGUGGGCGCCUAUCUCUAUGGGCGUCUAUCUCCAUGGGCGCCUAUCUCUUUGGGCGCCUAUCUCUAUGGGCGCCUACCUCUAUGGGCGCCUAUCUCUAUGGGCGCCUAUCUCUAUGGGCGCCUAUCUCUAUGGGCGCCUAUCUCUAUGGGCGCCUAUCUCUAGGGGGGCGCCUAUCUCUAUGGGCGCCUAUCUCUAUGGGCGCCUAUCCCUAUGGGCGCCUAUCUCUAGGGGCGCCUAUCUAUAGGGGCGCCUAUCUCUAUGGGCGCCUAUCUCUAUGGGCGCCUAUCUCUAUGGGCGCCUAUCUCUAUGGGCGCCUAUCUCUAUGGGCGCCUAUCUCUAUGCGCGCCUAUCUCUAUGGGCGCCUAUCUCUAUGGGCACCUAUCUCUAUGGGCGCCUAUCUCUAUGGGCGCCUAUCUCUAUGGGCGCCUAUCUCUAUGGGCGCCUAUCUCUAUGGGCGCCUAUCUCUAUGGGCGCCUAUCUCUAUGGGCGCCUAUCUCUAUGGGCGCCUAUCUCUAGGGGUGCCUAUCUCUAUGGGCGCCUAUCUCUAG